UUGGGGACCGGAUCCCUUGUCCCCAGGAGGCAGGGGAUUGCCAGCCAGCGCCCCCAACCUCCCGGCCACCGCAGAGAUGCUGAGGCAGUGGUCAGUGGAGUCCGGCCAGGCCUCCCAGGAGCCAGAAGCCGGAGUGGAGGAACUGUGGGAGCAGGAGGUGGCGCGGCUGCAGUCCUCCCAGGCGCUGGUGCGGGAGCUGCCCUAUGCCAUGGUGGACAAGCGCUUCAUCCGGCAGCUGCGGGAGCCCGAGGGCGCCAAGACCUCCUGCUGGCAGCGAUGGCAGCACCGGCGGCGGGCAGUGGGGCGGCGCCUCGGGGAGGCAGCGCGGCGGCUGGCCCAGGGCUUCGGGCUCUGGGAAGGGGCCCUCUACGAGAUCGGAGGCCUCUUUGGCACCGGAAUCCAGUCCUACUUCACCUUUCUCCGCUUCCUGCUGCUGCUCAACCUGCUGACCCUGCUGCUGACCGCCAGCUUCGUCCUGCUGCCCCUGGUCUGGCUCCGCCCCGGUGACCCAGGCCCGGCCCUCAACUUCACCCUCCAGUGCUCUGAUGGCCUCCAGUCCCAGACUGGUGUUCCCAGGUUCCACAAUCAACUCUGGAAUGUCUUAACCGGCAGGGCCUUCAACAACACUUACCUCUUCUACGGCGCCUACCGAGCGGGUCCAGAGAGCAGCUCGGCCUACAGCAUCCGCCUGGCCUACCUCCUGAGCCCCCUGGCCUGCCUCCUCCUCUGCUUCUGUGGGACUCUUCGGCGGAUGGUGAAGGGGCUGCCACAGAGGCUGUUUCUGGGCCAGGACUACAGGUCGCCCGUCAGCGUCCAAGUGUUCUCCUCCUGGGACUUCUGUAUCCGGGGGCAGGAAGCAGCCACCAUCAAGAAGCAUGAGAUCAGCAACGAGUUCAAGGUGGAGCUGGAGGAAGGGCGUCGGUUCCUGCAGGUGCAGCAGCAGACCCGGACCCAGAGGAUCUGCCACCUGCUUACCUACCUGCGAGUCAACGUCCUCAUCGGGCUCCUGGUGGUUGGGGCCAUCAGCGUGAUCUUCUGGGCCACCAAGUACUCGCAGGACAACAAAGAGGACUCACUGUUUGUGCUGCUGCAAUACCUGCCCCCUGGGGUCAUCGCCCUGGUCAACUUUCUGGGGCCCCUGCUAUUUGUUUUCCUCAUCCAGCUGGAGAACUACCCCCCCAACACUGAGAUCAACCUUGCCCUCCUCUGGUGCGUUGUCCUGAAGCUGGCCAGCCUGGGAAUAUUCUCCUUCUCUCUGGGCCAGACCGUGCUGUGUAUCGGCAGAAACAAGACGAGCUGUGCGGCCUACGGCUACAACGCCUGUGAUUACGAGUGCUGGGAAAACGCGGUCGGGGAAGAGCUAUACAAGCUGAGCAUCUUCAACUUCCUCCUCACCGUGGCCUUUGCCUUCUGCGUCAGCCUGCCUAGGAGGCUGCUGGUGGAGCGGUUCAAGGGCAGGUUCUGGACGUGGCUGGACCGAGAAGAAUUCCUGGUGCCCAAGAAUGUCCUGGACAUCGUGGCGGGGCAGACGGUCACCUGGAUGGGCCUCUUCUACUGUCCCCUGCUGCCUCUGCUCAACAGCAUCUUUAUCUUCCUCACCUUCUACAUCAAGAAGUACACCCUCAUGAGGAACUCCAAGGCAUCUCCUCGGCGAUUCCGCGCCUCCAGCUCCACCUUCUUCUUCCAGCUGGUGCUCAUCCUGGGCCUGCUCCUGGCCGUUAUGCCCCUGGGCUACGUGGUCAGCAGCAUCCACUCCUCCUGGGACUGUGGUCUUUUCUCCAACUACUCGGCCCCCUGGCAGGUGGUCCCAGAGCUGGUGGCCCUCCGGCUCCCGCCCUCUGGCCAGCGCAUCCUCCACUACAUCGGCUCCCACGCCUUCAGCUUCCCCCUUCUCGUCCUGCUCAGCCUUGUCCUGACCAUUUGCGUCUCCCAGUCCCAGGCCAAUGCCAGGGCCAUCCGGGGGCUCCGAAAGCAGCUGGUGUGGCAAGUCCAGGAGAAGUGGCACCUGGUGGAGGACCUGUCGCGGCUGCUGCCCGAGGGCUCCGGCGUCCCUGUGGGGCCCGAGUCCCCCCACUCCCGAGCUUCGCGCCCGCGGUCCUUCUGCCCGGGGUUUCCGUGCCCGGGCUCCCCAGGCCCCAGGGCCCCCAGGCCGGGACCUUGCCUCCAGGACUCCGUCUCUAGAUUCCGCUUCUCCAGCGGCGCGGAGCUGUAGCGCCCACUCCUGCCUCCGCCAGAGCCUCCCCAGGGCCUGACCUACGUCCCCACAACCAGAGUGCCCCUGGGCCCCAGCCCCUGCGCCCUGGUGCUGGAGGCAGAGCCCAGGGGCAGCAGGAAGAAAACACGGGAAGUUGUGUCUGUGUUUUUACCUCAGUCCUAUAGACUAUUUUUGGUGAAUGUUUUGUAAGGCACAUAGUACCUUAGGGCAGUAACCCAGGAAUGCAGUUUAUAAAUACACGUCCAUGGGGGUGCUCAGAAGUGCUCCCACUGGGGCAAGACCUGGCCGCACCAAGGGCGUGCUGGUUCUGGGUGCACCUGGGCCCCCACAGCCCCAGCUCCGGAGCCACACCUGCACCAGCACCGUGCA